AUGUGCAGUACUGGUGAUCCAUGUACAAAGGCAAAAAUCCCUGUAGCCAGGCUGGCGGAGAAGUGGCGAGCAAGCAGAGCAUCACCUAGGACAGCUUUCUCCAGAGGCACGGCCUCCCCAUCAAUCGGACACUGGGACAAACUGGGUUUGCUGAUAGCCUGGUUUGCAGCCGAGUCAGCGGGCACCUGCUGGGUCCACUGCAACGUAGACUCGGCAUUUAGGAAAAAUGUGUUUCAUUCUUCGUGGGAGUUUAAAGCAAAGCGUGGCGCACUGGAAAAAAACGCUGGGGCUGGAUGUUAUGGAUGGAGUCAGCACAAAGAUUCCUCUGAGCAAAGAGCUGCAGAAGCUGCUGCUGCUGGAGAAGGUGAUGUGACCCCUGCUGUGAUGAAUCCCCUCUCGCAGUCGCGCUCUGUUCCUUUGGCAGAACGAAUCUGCCGGACCAUAUCAGACAUGAAUGCAGGAUGUGUGAUGGUCACUCAGGAAACUUUAACAGAGCAGCUAGUGAAAAAUUAUCCAGGCAUUGCAGUGCCCUCCCACAAUAUAUUAUAUAAUAUCCUUGGCACUCUAAUUAAGGAAAGAAAAAUCUAUCAUACAGGAGCAGGAUAUUUCAUUGUGACUCCCAACACAUACUUUAUCACAAAUGAUGCCAUAGAAGACAACAGAAGGAUCCUGCUGGAGGAAAGUUGUUGCUGUUCGUCACCUUCCAUCACUUACCUGGUAAACAUUAAGCCCUGUGCAGACCUAGUGAAAGAAAACAUUGCUACAGUAUCCUGUUACAGACCCUGCCAUUGUUUCCCUGACCAAAAUAUGCUCUGUGAACAAAGACAUUGGCAGGUAAUGAGCCAUGAACCCAAUGGAGAGAAAAAGAGAGGCUGCAGUGAAUUGAAGCCUUCAAGUCAAACUCAAGGCAUCUCUGCAUCUGCUGAGAACCAUUCCUGGGACACCACCAAAUCCCUGACAUCUGUGAAAGCAAAACUGAAAAGCAAAAUAUUUGGCCUUGGCCUUUUCUGGAGAAGUGGUUCUAAAAAAGAAAAACACAAGAAGGAGUACUGCACUUUCUCAGCCCAGUUUCCUCCCCAGGAGUGGCCAGUCAGGGAUGAAGAUAACUUAGACAAUAUUCCACGUGAUAUUGAACAUGAAAUCAUCAAGCGUAUUAACCCUACGCUUACAGUUGAUAAUUUGAUUAAACACACAAUAUUAAUGCAGAAGUUUGAGGAGCAGAAAAAAUGUAAAGAGAAAAAAAUCAUCAGUAAUGGUACCUCGGCUGAAGUGCCAACAGUCAGGCAAAACCGUCUUUCAAAAGAUUGUGUUCAAAAGGCACCAAGCAAAACAACAAAACAUGCCAGGAAAACCAAAUCAAAGAAAGAAAAGCAGAUUAGCAGGAGCAGCAGGAAAUCUCACAUACAGAAGAUAACAUCCCAAAACAUGAAACUGGAAGAGAACUUCUCACUGCCCAUCAAAAGCCAAGAGCCACCUGAUGUAGCAGUGGAAUCCCAUGUGAUAUAUAAGAAGCAGAUUACCAAUCCUUUUCAGGGUCUGCCAUGGAGACCUCGCAGUUUUCCUGCAAGAGGGUACCAAGGUGUUGUCCACGGUCAGCUGAGGUGCCGGACUCGAAAGCGAGGAAGGGCUUUCCAAAGGCCACAGUCCUUGGUCUCCUCAGGCCCCUUUGGCUGUGAAACUGGAUGGCUGGAUGCAGAAAGUGAGGCUGACAAAGCAAAGCAAAACAACCCACUCCAUGCUAAUAGGUCUGGCCUUCAACUAAAGAAAGACAGGUUAAGUGAAAAUGGUAGUUAUCUACAAGGCAGUAAUCUGCAAAGAGAUCACAGAAGUAAAUGCUUCCUGGAGAGUAAUAUUUCUGAAGAAAAUGUCUAUAAAAGAACAGCAGAAAACCCAUCCCCUUGCUCGUACACUGAAGAUAAUGGUAUGUGCAAAGAAGAUGCAAAAUUUCCAUUCUGCCUGAAAGAUGAGUACUGCAGAUGCAAAGCUGACACUGCAUGUGAGCUGUUAGAUCAAACUGCCAGUGAAUUUCAAAACAUCCAUCUUUCAAAUUACACGGCCAGCGUUAAACUGGCCCCAAAAAAUGGUGUGAAAUACAGACCAAAGACUGAUAAAAAAAGUGAACUUCUAUUUAACUAUGACUGUGCCAGCCAUCCUGGAUCAAAGGAGCUGGAAAGUGAAGGGUUUACUGAUAACUUCCACCUUCUGUACCGAAAGGGACACGAUGGUGACAACUGUAACUCGUCACAUCUGGAUGAGAAUUCUGAAUCCCCUGGCCGUGCCUUUUCAGACACACGAGACUGGAGCACAGCUGUGUCCCUAAAAGCCUGUAAGGUUAGCACUUGCCCUGGCCAGCAUGACACGACUGUAAAUAAAUGUGACUCUGGAGAGCACGGAUAUAAGGGAAGGGCCAGCCCUGCAGAACCAACAGAUGGCUCAAAGGAGCAUCCAAAACCAGACAGCGCAGAAGAAAGCUGGUUGUGCAGCCAGGUUCUUCUGAAAGGUCACAGAAAGGAUGAAGAAACUGGCCUCACUGACUGUGGGGAGGGCUCAGCUGUGGCAGAUUUCUGCCGGGCUGCCGAGGCUGACUCUGUUGCUGGCACUUUGCAGAACUUCUCCCAUGAGGCAGGAGAAGGAGUAGCACACCGUGCUUUGGGCUCACGGAACAAAGAAGUGAGAAACCCCCUAGGAAAAAAAGAGCAGGUUUUAAAGAAUACAUGUCCUGUGAUCCCAGAACAGAAACACUCAGAAGGGACAGAAAACCACAGCAUUACAGGAGACAGUGGAAUUGACUCCCCAAGGUGGACUGACAAGAAGAUGAAGCUUCCUGCCAAAUUCUAAAAGUAUAAAUAACAAUGAAAAAAAGGAGGAAAAGGGAAAGGACAAUUGCAACAGAAUUCCUUACUUCAUCUAACUCUGGUCAUGAAUAUUUAUUUUUUUAAUAAGAUGGGUAAACUUGUAACAAGAUAACCAUACUGUUAAUGCAGCCAGUCAUAUCAGUGAGGCAGUCUCUAAAUCAAAGCUGUUAGUUAAAACUUUUGACAGUAGUGUUUGGAGAGGUCAUGUGUAUUUUGUUUGCCCCUUUUAUUUAAAACUUAUUUUUUGUGUGUCCCUGUGAUAAUAAAAGUGAGAAUUGGCAUUCUUCAU